AUGUCAGUACUGUCUGCCAACAUUUACGGUGAGCUGGCGCAGCUGCUCCAAGGCCUCCAAUCCGCCGACAACUCCAUCCGCACGAGGGCUGAAGAGCACCUUCACGGUAACUGGACUAUCCGUCGCCCGGAAAUACUUCUCAUGGGCCUUGCUGAACAGAUCCAAGGCGCCGGAGACGAACAGACACGGUCAUUUGCUGCUUUACUUUUCCGAAGAAUCUCCUCUAAAACUCGAAAACUCGACAAUGGCCAGACUAUGGACCUGUUCAUUUCAAUCGCCCAAGACCAGGCUGCUGUUAUCCGUCAAAAGCUGCUGGAAACCUUGGGCAGCGAGACGGACAGAGCCGUACGCAACAAAAUUGGCGAUGCAGUUGCUGAAAUUGCGCGUCAAUACAACGAAAGUGGGGACCGAUGGACAGACGUGCUCCAAGCUCUCUUCCAGCUCACACAGGCACCAGAGGCCGAGAAACGCGAGACGGCCUACCGUGUCUUCACAACGACACCUGAUGUAAUCGGACAGGACCAAGCCGAUGCAGUCCUCCUGGCGUUCCAAAAAGGAUUCAAAGAUGACGCUGUCAAUGUCCGCCUUUCUGCAAUGGAUGCCUUCGCCGCUUUCUUCAGAACGAUCGACAAGAAGAGCCGAACCAAGUACUUUGCCUUGAUACCAGACGUUCUCAACAUCCUCCCGCCGAUUAAAGACUCCCAAGACUCGGACCACCUCAGCAAAGCUCUCGUCGCGCUCAUCGAACUGGCCGAGAUUGCCCCCAAAAUGUUCAAGCAGCUUUUUCAAAACCUCGUCCAGUUUUGCGUAUCUGUUAUCCAAGAUAAAGAACUUGAGGAUGUUUGCAGACAGAAUGCUUUGGAGCUAAUGGCCACAUUUGCCGAAUACGCCCCCUCGAUGUGCCGAAAGGACCCUUCAUUUACGUCCGACAUGAUCACUCAGUGUCUGAGCUUGAUGACUGAAAUCGGCGAAGACGACGAUGACGCUGCGGAGUGGCUCGCCUCUGACGAUGACGAAAGCGAUCAAAACCACGUUGCUGGAGAGCAAGCCAUGGACCGAUUGGCAAAUAAACUCGGUGGGCAGGCCAUCCUUGCCCCCACUUUCAACUGGCUGCCUCGUAUGAUGCAGUCUGGUUGGAAAGACCGACAUGCUGCUUUGAUGGCCAUCUCUGCCAUUUCAGAGGGCUGCCGUGAGCUGAUGGUUGGUGAACUUAACCAGGUUCUGGAUCUUGUCAUUCCUGCGCUGCAACAUCCCCAUCCUCGUGUCCGAUGGGCUGGUUGCAAUGCCCUUGGCCAGAUGAGUACGGACUUCGCUCCCACAAUGCAAAGCGAAUACUAUGACCGCGUCUUGAAGGCUAUUAUACCGGUUUUAGACUCUCCUGAGCACAGAGUCAAGUCGCAUGGUGCUGCAGCCCUGGUAAACUUCUGCGAGGAGGCCGAGAAGUCCACCCUGGAGCCAUAUCUGGACGAUCUGUUAUCUCAUCUCUUUAAUCUCCUCCAGAGUGAUAUGAGAUAUGUGCAAGAGCAGGCCCUUUCCACUAUCGCAACUAUUGCCGAUGCUGCCGAGGCCGCAUUUUCAAAGUACUAUGAUACUUUGAUGCCGCUCUUGGUGAAUGUAUUGCAGAACCAAAGUGAAAAGGAAUAUCGUCUUCUCCGCGCCAAGGCUAUGGAGUGUGCCACUUUAAUCGCGAUUGCUGUCGGAAAAGAGCGACUUGGCCAGGACGCCAUGACUCUUGUCAAUCUACUGGCUAAUAUUCAAGCCAGCAUUACCGAUGCAGACGACCCUCAGGCGCAGUACCUAAUGCACUGCUGGGGCCGCAUGUGCCGUGUACUCGGCUCUGAUUUUGUACCUUUCAUGGGCAGCGUAAUGCCCCCGCUACUCGAGCAGGCGAUGUCCAAGGCUGACAUUCAACUGCUGAAUGACAACGAGGAGGCCGAGGCUUUGCAGAGCGAAGAAGGCUGGGAAUUCGUACCCGUCAAGGGCAAAAUGAUUGGCAUUAGAACCAGCACCAUGGAAGACAAGCAUAUGGCGAUUGAACUACUUGUUGUAUACGCACAGGUGCUCGAGGGGGCUUUUGCCCCGUACGUCGCUAACAUCAUGGAAGUUAUUGCUCUGCCCGGUUUAGCGUUCUUUUUCCACGAUCCCGUCAGAUACAUGUCUGCAAAACUUGUGCCUCAGCUGCUGGGCUGUUACAAGAAGGCGUACGGGAGCCCAUCCAAUGAGUUGGCCGGCCUGUGGAACGCAAGUGUGGAGAAGCUCGUUGAAGUCCUCGCCGCAGAGCCUGCUAUUGAUACACUCGCUGAGAUGUACCAAUGCUUCUACGAGUCUGUGGAGGUGGUGGGCAAGGAUUGUCUCAGCGUUGAUCACAUGACCAAGUUUAUGGAUGCUGUUCACUCCACGAUUGUUGACUACCAGGAGCGUGUUGCCCAACGAGCUGAGGAGAGAGAGGGUGCCACAGCAGAUGAUGUGGAAGAUGAAGCAGAAGAGACCCUGAUUGCCAUCGAGGAUGAUCAAACACUCUUGUCCGACAUGAACAAGGCGUUCCACUCUGUUUUCAAGAACCACGGGGCUUCUUUUCUCCCUCUAUGGGAAAAGCUUCUGCCCACAUAUGAAGGAUUCCUGACAUCUGACGACCCUACUCAGCGCCAGUGGGGCCUGUGCAUCAUGGACGAUGUGCUCGAGUACUGCGGCCCCGAAAGCAUGAGAUAUGCGAACUACAUUUCACAGCCCCUCAUUGAUGGAUGCCAUAACCCCUCCCCUGCUGUCAGACAAGCAGCAGCCUACGGUAUUGGUGUCGCUGCUCACCGUGGAGGUGCCGCCUGGUCUCAAUUCCUGGGUGGUACGUUGCCAGUUCUGUUCCAGGCUACGCAGAUCCCCGACGCCCGAAAUGACGACAAUGUCUAUGCUACAGAAAAUGCUUGUGCAUCGAUUGCCAAGAUUCUGCAUUACAAUGCUAGCAGUGUUGGCGACGUGCAGGCGGUCAUUACACAGUGGAUUGAGACACUACCAAUCACCAACGAUGAAGAGGCUGCCCCGUAUGCCUAUGCUUACCUAGCAGAGCUGAUCGACCAGGGUAAUCCGACUGUCAUGGGCCAAGCAUCUAAACUGUUCGUUCUCAUCGCACAGGCUCUCGAAGCCGAAACGUUGCGAGGCCAAACUGCCAACAGGGUCGCCACAGCGACCAAGACAAUGCUCACAACUGCCAAUGUCGAUCCCAUGCCACUGCUGCAACAAUUCUCUCCAGAUGCCCAACGCACAAUCAUGGGCUUCUUUAGCUAG